GUCGUGUUGUGAAGUAAUAGAACCUUAGGGGUUUUAUCUUUUAAAUGCGAACUUAGAUAGUUAACUUGAGGGAAUGGACAAGCUAAAAAAAAGUGGGAUCAUUUUAGGUUAAAAUAUUUCUCCUCUGUGUCAAUGUUUCAAUGUGUUGAUUUAUUCAUUAACCUGUUUUAAUUAUUUGAACAAAGGUAAAGACUGAAGCAAUUUUUUCGAUUUCAGACCUUAUAUCCUUGUAAGAGAUAAUGAAACCUAAUUUUAAGAAGUGUAAGAAAGAUAACUUAUUUAUUUAUUUGGACAUUCCCCUUGACAAUGUACAGGUUCAUUUUGAUGAUGGAUAAAGAAGCAACUGCUAAAUCACCAUCUGCCAUGUUCACCUUGAAUGCUAUUAAAGGGCGUAGGAAAAAGAGGGAUGGAACAUUACAAGCUGCAAAAUUGAAUGCUUCUUUAGCUUCUAAAAUCAAAACUAAGUUGAUGAAUAACUCAUCUAUGUUGAAAGUAUCUUUACAACAAAAUAACAGAGCAUUAGCCGUGGCUUUAAGUGUUGAGAAAGAAAAUUCUCGCAGGCUAAAGAAUGAGAGGAUUUGUCUUCAGAAGGAAGUAGAAAAACUGCAGCUUCAUAAUAUCUUGCUUCGUCAAAAACUAAACGGUUUGAAUAAAACUCUUAUUGGAAUAGAAGCAUUUUUGAAUGAUCACCUUUUAACUGCAAUAGAAAUAAGCAGUCCUUCUGAGAAUCUGCAGAGUUCCUUUCCUCUGUCAGCUGAUCCAAGUAGCCCUACUGAUGACCAGUUCAAGAGUGCACGUCAGUCAGCGAGGUAGGAUUCACAGUAAAAUUUCCUCUUUUCAGAUCAGCUAAUGCAAAACAGCAAGGUAACCCUUCUCUGGGUGAAAUACCAAAUCCCUACAAGUGUACCACUA